GAUCAAAUGAGAACUGGAAAGUCAACACACGUGAACCCAAAAACAAUAAAAUGAAUCGCCUUUAUUGCCUUCGCGCACCAUAAAAAUAAAUUUGGUGAUGCGCAGCAGCAGAGAGCGGGGAUCAUGUGUUGUAAAGAAGUUGCCGCCGCUCCAGUACCAAAUCCGGAAGAACAAUUUCCUUUCUUGGACAGUUGUAAUUGGUCUCCUUCACCGAGUUAUGAAAGCAACAAUUUUCAACAAUGGAUAAGAAAGGAGUGAAGAUUUUACCCUGUCUCGUCUGCUUCUUUCUCAUAUUGGAGAUAAGCUUACAAGAGGAGCAGGAUGUGCUAAUUUUAAGGCCAGAGCGCAGUUUAUUCCUACAACAUAAAGUGAUCCUGGACGGCGUGGAGUCAAGCAAUACUGAUCACUUUGAGGCAAAGUGCGACAGAUGCCCGCAGCUCUGUUCACCUGACAAGAGUGCGUGCGCUUGCUUUCGAGGCUUCACCAAAGUGUCUGAGUUUCACUGCCAAGACGUGGAUGAAUGCCAGGAGAGAAACAUUUGCGGCGCGCACGGCAAAUGCAUCAAUACCCUGGGCUCGUAUGUGUGCAGGUGCCAACCAGGAUUUCAGCCUCUGCCCUCUGGAAAGUGCAUCGACAUCAACGAGUGCGCCCUAGCACUCAAUUCAAAGCCGUGUGACCAGAUUUGCACCAAUUUGCCAGGCAGCUACGAAUGUUCUUGCCACACAGGAUACGUUCUGUCCCAGCAGACGGGAAAAUGUGAGGACCUGAACGAGUGCCUCGAGGACGACAAUGCCUGCUCCCACCUGUGCGUAAACACGCCCGGCAGCUUCAUCUGUCGGUGUCCUGCGCCGCUGAGUCUGUCCGAGGAUGAAAGAAAUUGCACCACUGGGAUAAAGAGGCAGAGAAAGUCUCCGGCGCUUUUGUCUCGCACCCCCAUAAGACCAGAACCAGAGGACAUCCACCGCUGUCCGCACAGGUGUCUCAACAAAGGGGUGUGCAGGGACGCCGCUUGUCAGUGUCCAUCAGGUCUCACUGGCAGGGUUUGCCAAUACGAUGUGGAUGAAUGUGCCCUUCUACCAGACGACAUGAAGUGCUCUCAUUCCUGCAUCAAUACAUUUGGAAGCUUCAGGUGCGGUUGCAGAUCAGGAUACGUGUUAGCAGCUGAUGGGAAAAGUUGUGACCCAGUGGCAUGCAGUCCCCCAUGCAUGGGAGGUGGGGAGUGCAGAGGUGGUACCUGCGUUUGCUCUGACGGUCUGACCGGCGCAGCUUGCGAAAUUGAUGUGGAUGAGUGUGCAAUACGAAAACCUUGCCAUCACAUUUGUUACAACACUCUGGGUAGCUUUGUGUGUCUCUGCAAGGGAAAGUGGCGACUGGGCAAAGAUGGUAGAAGCUGCGAGGAGCCCUCAUGCUCGCCAAAUUGCAGAAACGGAGGCGAGUGUCGCCAGGGGCGUUGCGUUUGCAAACCGGGAUUCCACGGACGCAUUUGCCAGCUGGACAUUAAUGAAUGUUCGCAACGUGAGUCGCCAUGCAUGUACGCCUGUGUGAACACGGUAGGCAGCUUCCAGUGCCUUUGUCCUCGCGGCUUCAAGCAGACGUCCAACAGAACGAGUUGCGUUAUUGAUGAGCAAGCAGUGAAAGACAGCGAGCUCGAGCAAAUAGAGGUGGUCAUUGAAGUGGUGGUCGAAGACGAACUCCGCUCCAGUUUCACUCGGUAUUACAUGACUCCUGUUCUUCCUUUGGCGCCAGCCACCAGUCUUGUGCACAAAUCUGAGUUCCCUUACCAGCCUCUAUAUCAAGAGCAGGAGAAAACGUACUUUCACGUUGAUCACUCGAAAAAUCACAUACACAGAAAGCCUUCCUUGCAUUCAGUUUCUAGUCAAGCGCCGCAAAGAGUCAAGACUGAAGAAGAAAAUCAUUAUCAACCUGUGAUUUUGCCCUCUGUUACUGAGAGCUUUGCUCCUCGAACGUUUUUGACUGACACUAGCCAUGAAGACGAUUUUGAAGCAAUUGAAGAUGUCAAUGAAAGUUUGAUAGAAACCCCAGUACUGCCAACAGAGAAAACCCACUCAACUGAAUAUAUUCAGAAACACACAACAUUGGAAACAACCAGAGAUACCACUCAUCCUCCUCCUCCUCAGACAACUGAAAAGUCCACUCCGAUUUUAAUUGAGGAUAAAAGGGAAACCUCGACGACCACCGAACCAUAUGGAGAAUCCACAACGGAGGCUCUAGACACCACCACUACUACACAAAUAACUUUGACAGCUACCUCUGUAGAUAUAUCUGAAGAGCAAGAUGAGGAGGUGAAAGAAAUAACAACAUUUGACUCUGCCCUACUUGAAACCACAACGAAGAGUGCUGCAAUAUUUGAGCGGACAGAUAGUGAAUUGGAUAUCUCAACACAAAGUUUCACUACAUCGUCACUCAUCCCUACUGAAGAAACUACUUCUAAAUUAAUUCAGGAAGAAGAAAGCACUUCUGAGCCAAUGGAAGUUGGUACGUUGUUGUUGGAUAAAGAAAAUAAUGAGAAAGCUUCAUCAUUGACAACGACAACAACUACUGCAUCAACAACAAUAUCUGAGUCAUCUACGGCUCCUGUUCCCUCAAAGCCCAAGAAAAAGAAAACGAAACCAAAGAACAAGAAAAAGAAAAAUUCAAAAAGCAAAAAAGCCAACCAGAGGUCUUCUGUGAUUGGAAAGAAUUACCGAUAUUACAAUCAGAUACUCGACACAUUUGGUCUAGACAACCAGCAGCACGACGCGAAACAAUAUGAUUUAUUAGACUUUGACGAGAUCAGCGCCAAUGAGGCUUCAGAAAAGUCAACACUGAAGUCGGCCGGUUUUGAUUUGCCAGUGUUGAAGGUUUUGCCUUCAAGCCAGCCCGAACGAGACUGCUACUACGGCCGGAUGAAAAUCAAGUCAAGGAGUCAUUUUUACAGGGACGAGAAAAAUUGCACAAGAUGCUUUUGCAAGAAUGGUGAGCUUCGUUGCGAUCCCCAUCACUGUCCCUCGGUUCGGUGUAGCGACCCCAUAAUUGGAACUUGUUGCAACUACUGCCCUGGAGACUGUGUGAUUGACAAUCAGGUUUACCAGUCAGGCGAAACCUUCGUGCCUGAGCUUAAUCCUUGCCUAGAGUGCCAGUGCGAGAAUGGCCGAGCCACGUGCACCGAUUUAGUUUGCCCGGCGCUUCCCUGCGCACCAAAGCACCGCGCGCAACUGCCCGACGACUGCUGUCCGUCGUGCGUUCCCCCGAGUCCUGGCUGCUUCUGGAACCAGCAGUUCUUCUACACUGGACAGCUGUGGGUGCAACGGCAGGGCGGAUGCCAGGCGUGCCUUUGCAGGGAGGGCGGCUCCGUGGAGUGCAACCCUGUGCCUUGCAUCGUUGAAUGCACGCACCCCCAAUUCUUGACCGGGGAAUGCUGCCCGCUGUGCGACGGUUGUCAGCGACAGGACAAGAAGUUUGCCAAUGGGGAGACCUUCCGUCACCCCUCUGACCCCUGCAGCUCUUGCACAUGCAAGAAUGGUAACAUAACUUGCCACGUGGAAAGUUGCAAGAGCACCUGCAGUCACCCACACAAACGGAAAGGCAAGUGCUGUCCCGAAUGUGCAGACUGUUUAUUUGAGAACCAUCACAUCGCCGAAGGGAUGACUCAAAUUUUCGGUAGAGAAAAUGAUACAUGCUCUGAAUGCUCAUGCAAGGCGGGAAACGUACACUGCUGGGCAGCUGAGUGUUCAACAGCAUGCGACAUUGGAAACGGCACAUUGGUACCGUCGGGAGUGCGAUUCGUAAAACCAAGCGACCACUGUACCAAGUGCAAAUGUUUGGAUGGCAACAUAACUGAGUGCCAAACACAGCCUUGCAAAGAGGAAUGCGAAUUCGGCGUUUUGUUGCCGGGCGCGUGUUGCAUACAGUGCACAAUGUGUGAUUUUAAGGGAUCUGUUUAUCGGGAUGGACAGCAUUUCAAAGACCCAACGUCACAGUGCUUGGAUUGUCAGUGCACAAGGGGAAAUGUUGAGUGUGAUAAUGUGUGCAGCAGCGAGGAUGAAGAAUACGAUGAAGAUGAUGAAUAAAAGUAAUAAUCACCUGCAGCAGUGCGUUAAAUGGUGAAACUGAUGUAAUGAAAAUAAAUGUCUUAUUUUCCUAAAAAUGUUG